UCCGCCUGGCGGGGCUGUGCGCGCUCACCCGCUGCAGAAGCUAACUCUUUUCUAGGUGCUCGCUCUCGUUAGGCACAUGCACGCGUAGCCAUCGAGGCAGUUCCGUCCCGUUUACCAAAGCAUCUUCCCUUUGGUUACACCAGCUCUGGCUUAGGGAGGUGACUCUGUCAUGUCGAACUCGCGGCCCAGGCCCCGCCGCGGCGCCGGGAGUGGCGCCCGGGCAGCCGGGCGGGACGAGCUGGUGUCGCGGUCCUUGCAGAGCGCCGAGCACUGCAUGCGCACCCAGGACUUCGGCACCGCUUACGCCCACUACCUCCUUGUGCUCAGCUUGGCGCCGGAGCUGAAAGACGAUGUGAAGGAAACUUUCCAGUAUACACUCUUCAGAUGGGCUGAAGAGCUUGAUGCCCUCAGUAGAACACAAGACUUACUUGGUUGCUAUGAGCAAGCCCUGGAACUGUUUCCUGAUGAUGAAGUGAUUUGCAAUAGUAUGGGGGAGCAUCUCUUCAGAAUGGGCUUUAGAGAUGAAGCAGCUGGAUAUUUUCAUAAAGCAGUGAAGCUAAACCCUGAUUUCAGUGAUGCGAAGGAGAACUUUUAUCGUGUUGCAAAUUGGUUGGUGGAACGUUGGCACUUUAUCAUGCUUAAUGACACCAAAAGGAAUACGAUUUAUAAUGCAGCAAUCCAAAAGGCAGUUUGUUUGGGGUCCAAAAGUGUUUUGGAUAUUGGAGCAGGAACUGGAAUACUAAGUAUGUUUGCUAAAAGAGCUGGAGCGCACUCGGUGUAUGCCUGUGAGUUAUCCCAGACCAUGUAUGAACUCGCCUGUGAUGUAGUGGCAGCGAACAAGAUGGAAGCAGGAAUCAAACUCUUACAUAUGAAGUCGCUUGAGAUAGAAGUUCCAAAACACAUUCCCGAAAGAGUGUCCCUAGUUGUAACAGAAACUGUCGAUGCAGGUUUAUUUGGAGAAGGAAUUGUGGAGAGUUUGAUUCAUGCAUGGGAGCAUUUACUUUUGCAGCCAAAGACCAAAGGUGAAAAUGGUAACUGUGGAAAGUAUGGGAAAGUUAUACCAGCAAGUGCUGUUAUAUUUGGCAUGGCAGUAGAAUGUGCAGAGAUAAGAAGACAUCAUAGGGUGGGCAUUAAGGACAUUGCUGGGAUCUGUUUGCCAACAAAUGUGAAAUUUCAGAGUCCAACUUAUUCUUCUGUAGAUACCGAAGAAACAGUUGAACCUUAUACAACUGAAAAGAUGAGUCGAAUUCCUGGUGGAUAUUUGGCUUUGACAGAGUGCUUUGAAAUUAUGACAGUAGAUUUCAAUAAUAUUCAGGAAUUAAAAAGUCUUGCAACUAGAAAACCUGAUAAAAUUGGUGUUCCUGUUAUUAAAGAAGGCAUACUAGAUGCCAUUGUGGUUUGGUUUGUACUCCAGCUUGAUGAUGAACAUAGUUUGUGCACAAGUCCUAGUGAGGAAUCAUGUUGGGAACAAGCUGUCUACCCCGUACAUGACCUUGCAGACUACUGGAUAAAGCCUGGGGACCAUGUGAUGAUGGAAGUGUCUUGUCAGGAUUGCUACUUAAGAGUCCAGAGUAUCAGUGUCUUCAGUUCGGAAUAUGAAAUGGAUGUUGGACAAAGUUCUACCAAGAAUAAAGACUUGCUGUCUUUAGGAAAUGAGGCUGACCUCUGUAGUGCCCUGGCUAACCUUCAGACCAGUAAACCAGAUGCUGUGGAGCAGACAUGUGUACUGGAAUCCACAGAAAUUGCUUUGCUUAAUAACAUUCCAUAUCAUGAAGCCUUUAAAAUGGCAAUGAGGAAAGUGCUGUCUUCACUGACCCCAGAGAAGCUGUGCCAGGCCGUGGACGCCCACUGCCAGGACAGUGAGAUGAGCUGUGGAAGUGGACAGAAUGAUUCUGAACAGAGUGCCUCGGAGCCUUUCUAUGUGCUAGAUGUGUCUGAAGGCUUCUCUGUUCUGCCUAUAAUCGCUGGCACAUUGGGGCAGGUUAAACCUUACAGUUCUGUGGAGAAAGACCAGCAUCGCAUCACUCUGGACCUCAUAUCUGAAGCCAAUCACUUUCCUAAGGAAACACUUGAGUUUUGGUUGAGACAUGUGGAAGACGAAUCUGCUGUGUUGCAAAGGCCCAAAUCAGACAAGUUGUGGAGUAUAAUUAUAUUGGAUGUCAUUGAGCCAUCUGGGCUCAUACAGCAGGAAAUAAUGGAAAAAGCUGCAAUAUCCAGGUGUUUGCUACAAUCUGGAGGCAAGAUUUUUCCUCAGUAUGUGCUGAUGUUUGGGUUGCUCGUGGAAUCACAGACACUGGUAGAAGAGAAUGCUGUUCAAGGAACAGCACGAACUCUUGGAUUAAAUAUAGCACCUUUUAUUAACCAGUUCCAGGUACCUAUUCGUGCAUUUUUGGACCUGUCCUCACUGCCUUGUAUACCUUUAAGCAAGCCAGUGGAACUCCUAAGACUGGAUUUAAUGACUCCAUAUUUGAAUACCUCUAACAGAGAAGUAAAGGUACACAUUUGUAAAUCUGGACAAGUGACCGCCAUUCCAUUUUGGUAUCAUAUGCAUCUUGAUGAUGAGAUUAGGUUAGAUACGUCCAGUGAAGUAUCCCACUGGAAACAAGCUGCAGUUGUUUUAGAUAAUCCCAUCCAGGUGGAAAUGGGGGAGGAACUCGUGCUCCAUGUCCAGCACCACAAAAGCAACGUCAGCAUCACAGUGAAGCACUGAAGAGCAGUUUUCUGGUGAAAACCUGUUUACGUAGAGCAAAUACACAACUUUUCUGUUCUGAAUAGUGUGACUGUAAUCAUAAAGUGGGGGAUAGAAAGACUUAAUUCCUUGUAUUGAUGAAAUUUUUUAAAAAAUUGACCUUUAAUAAAAUGUAUUUAAAAGAUACAUUAUGUAGUAGUAUUAUUACAAAAAUAUUUGCUGCAGACUUCCUUUCUGAAAAAGGAAGUCUGCAGCAAAUCAUUAGUUUUUACAUUAGGAAAACUUGGUCUUUAUUGCUUAGUUUACUCACUAUAGAUUAAAUUUUACUAAACACUUUUACUUAUGUGCUAAAGCUAUAAAGGAUUUUGAAUCAUCUUCAUUGUCAUGCUUUAUUUAUUUAUUUUAUUGAUUUCAUAGAGGAAGGGAGAGAUAGAAACAAUAAUGAUGAGAAUCACUGAUUGGCUGCC